GUGGCUACGUGCUUUCUUUGUCAAUGAGGCGCCGCUCUCAGCUGCAGUAACACUCUCGGCCAGGGAGCCGAAGCCGGAGCUGGAACCCGAGCCCGAGCAAGCGAGCGAGGAGAGCGCGGCGGAGAGGCUGCAGCCGGCGGCGGGAGGGAGGGCCCUGAGCGCGCCCAGCGGCUACCUGCCCCCGCGGCUCGCAGCCUCGCCCCUUCAGUCUGCGGGAGCCCGCCCGGGGGUGGGGGCUCCGGGCGGCGCCCGUCCCACCCUUGCUGCCCCGGGCGCGCCGGCGCGCGGCGACGGGCACCGUGGGAACCCCGGCCCGCUCCCGCCGCGGCUCCAUGCGGCCCCGGCCCCUGCGCGAGUGAAGCCGCGGCUCCGCGGAGCUCGCUCCUGGCGCGGCAGCACGAGCCAGCGAGUCGCGCCGCCCGGCGCCCCCGCCCUCCGGCGCCCGGGCCGUGGCCGGAGAUGCCCGGUGAGGACCGGGGCGCCGAAGGCUGGGCUCCCCGGAGCGGUGCGGAGCGAGGCAGUGGCCUGGAUGAGUGAAGCGUCCCCAUGGCUCGGCAGGAGGCGAAACCCCAGGGCCCGAGGGAAGAUGGGCCGGAGGUGCGGGUGCGCAGGGGCCGGAUCCGGGCGUGCGGGCUCGGCCGGGCUGGCGGGGGAGCCGCGCGCUGCCCGGGCGUGAGGGGCCCCCGGGCUGCCGGGUCCCAGGAUGCGCCGCCGCUGCCGCCGCCACUGCUGCUGCUGGGACUUCUGCUGCUGGCGGCCCUUCCGGAGCACUGCCUGGCGGACCCGGGAAGGGACAAUCUACAGAUCACUGUCACCCCAACCCCGGUGUCAUUUCCUCAUGGGAAAUUGUUACCGAUUUCACCAACAUGGCCUUUGUCCGAAGUCCAGUCUUCCUCAGCGGUGGACAGAAUGAAGCCUGUGCCGGGACGGUCCCCUGACAACACGAGCUGGCCGCAGUCUGCCCAGACGCCUCCACCCAAGACACAGCGCCAAGCUCGGGCCCACAGGGACUUCUCUCCUUCCCCUUACCAAGGCAGUGGACAUAGCACCUCCCUCGAGCCUUCCAAGGAUUCUACGGAGGCCCUGGUCCAACCAAGACCUCCAGGGGGAAAAGAAGCAGCCGCCGUGUCAGUGGACUCCUCGGUGUCGCCCAAGGCAGAACCAACAACAGCAACCAUGUUGUUUCUUCGGAAACCAAGUCCACUGGUGCUGUCUGCAGCCCUGGUUGCUAAGGGCGCCGGCAGCAGCCCUUCGGCUGUGGCCUCGGGAUUAGUCAAGAGCAGCUGGACCACUGCUGUAGCUAAAAACGUCACAAGCAACGCAGCAUCUGGCCCAAAGAUGACACCAGGGGCAGCCCAUCCAGCCUUCUCGUUCACGCCGACCUACAUGUUUGCAAGAACAGCACACACCGUGAGCACUCCCAUGGAUGCAAGGGAACACGGGCACUGCCUCUGGCCUGUUGUCCACAACACACCUCCCCAGAAACCACAAGCCAUGUACACGGGCUUCCUGAACCCCACCAACCCAGACAUGCCCAAGGUGUCCACCGCACGCCCGCUGACAAUCACGGCAGCCUUGACGUCCAUCACUGCACCAGUAAGGGCCACCCGGUUGCCGCCUUUGUCAGCAGAAAACACAGACAUCGCUCUUCCCUCUGUGUCCAUGGCCAUGGUCACAACUGGCAAAAUGGCAUCCAACCUGGAGUGUCAGAUGUCCAGUAAGCUCCUGGUGAAGACAGUUCUCUUUCUGACCCAAAGGAGGGUGCAGAUCAGUGAAGCCUUGAAGUUUAAUGUAGCCAGAGGGCUCACACAGGCAUUGCGGAAGGCAUUUCACCAGAAUGACGUCUUGGCUCAUGUGGACAUGCUGGAACAUUCUCACAACGUCACUGUUGGUUAUUAUGCUACCAAAGGGAGGCUGGUCUACUUGCCUGCUGCAGUGAUUGAAACGCUGGGCGUUUAUGGGAUCAGCAAUGUCACUGCAGAUCUGAAGCAACACAUCCCAGCCUUGCAGUCUGUGGCAGUACUUGCCUCCCCGUGGACUCCCCAGCCUGCAGGCUACUUGCAGCUGAAAACAGUGCUACAGUUUGUGAGCCAGUCGGACAACAUACGGUCCUGCAAGUUUGCUCAGACGAUGGAACACAGGCUACAGAGGGCCUUCCAGGACGCCCAGAGGAAAGUUCUGAAUACUAAAAGCAACCUGACGAUUCAGAUGGUGAGCACGUCCAACGCCUCCCAGACAGUCACCUUGGUGUACGUGGUGGGCAACCGAAGCUCCUUCCUCAAUGGCACCGUGGCCAGCAGCCUCCUCCGCCAGCUCUCCGCUGAGCUGGUGGGGUUCUACCUCACCUACCCGCCGCUCACCAUCGCCGAACCACUGGAAUACCCCAACCUUGAUAUAUCAGAAACAACCAGAGACUACUGGGUAAUUACAGUGCUGCAGGGUGUGGACAGUUCCCUGGUGGGCCUGCACAACCAAAGCUUCGCCCGGGUCAUGGAGCAGCGCCUGGCCCAGCUGUUCAUGAUGUCCCAGCAACAAGGCCGGCGGUUUAAACGGGCCACCACCCUGGGAAGCUACACCGUGCAGAUGGUAAAGAUGCAGCGGGUGCCAGGACCCAAGGACCCCGCGGAGCUGACUUACUACACCCUGUACAAUGGGAAGCCUUUGCUGGGGACUGCAGCUGCCAAGAUCCUGAGCACCAUUGACUCCCAAAGGAUGGCCUUGACCCUGCAUCACGUUGUCCUUCUGCAAGCUGACCCCGUGGUGAAGAACCCGCCCAACAACCUGUGGAUCAUCGCCGCGGUGCUGGCGCCCAUUGCCGUGGUCACGGUCAUCAUUAUCAUCAUCACUGCCGUGCUCUGCCGGAAGAACAAGAACGACUUCAAGCCAGACACCAUGAUGAACCUGCCCCAGAGAGCAAAGCCUGUGCAGGGCUUUGAUUAUGCCAAGCAGCACCUGGGCCAGCAAGGGGUGGACGAAGAGGUCAUCCCCGUGACUCAGGAAACGGUGGUCCUCCCACUGCCCGUUAGAGAUGUUCCUGCCUCUCAGGAAAGGGAUGCCCCUCAGGAUGGAAGUACUAUCAAGACGGCCAAAUCCAUCGAAACCAGAAAGAGCAGGUCGCCCAGUGAGAAUGGCUCUGUCAUCAGCAACGAAUCAGGGAAGCCCAGCUCGGGGAGGCGCUCACCCCAGAAUGUAAUGGCACAGCAGAAAGUGACAAAGGAGGAGGCAUGGAAGAGAAAUGUGCCGGCGAGCGACGAAGAGGAAGGUGCCGUCCUCUUUGACAGCUCUGGCAAGGCGGCUGCUGAUCCCUUUGACACGUCUUCUGGGUCUGUGCAGCUCAUCGGAAUAAAACCCACAGCCCUCCCCGUGGUGCACCCCACCUCGGACAGGAGCCAGGAGCCGGUCGUACUCAACGGCGAGGUGAACAAAGCCCUGAAGCAGAAGUCAGACAUCGAGCAUUAUCGGAACAAGCUGCGCCUCAAAGCCAAGAGGAAGGGCUACUACGACUUCCCUCCGGUGGAGGCGGGCAAGGCUCAGAUGGAAAGAAAAAAGAUGUAUGAAAAAGCCCCAAAGGAAAUCGAGCACGUUUUGGAUCCAGACCCAGAAAUGUGUGCCCCAUUCACUGAGGCUAAAAACAGGCAACAGAUGAAGAACUCUGUCUACCGGAGUCGGCAAUCUCUGAACAGCCCGAGUCCGGGGGAGACGGAGAUGGACCUUCUGGUGACUCGGGAGCGACCUCGGCGUGGAAUCCGUAACAGCGGAUACGAUACUGAGCCUGAAAUCAUAGAGGAAACCAACAUCGACAGAGUGAAUGAGCCCCGGGGCUACGCCCGGUCGAGGCAGGUGAAAGGCCACUCGGAGACCUCCACGCUGAGCUCGCAGCCCUCCAUCGACGAGGUCCGGCAACAGAUGCACAUGCUGCUGGAGGAGGCCUUCAGCCUGGCAUCCGCAGGACACGCAGGCCAGAGCCGGCACCCAGAGGCCUAUGGCUCUGCCCAGCACCUGCCCUACUCCGAGGUGGUGACCAGCGCUCCUGGGACCAUGACGCGGCCCAGGGCUGGGGUGCAGUGGGUGCCGACCUACCGCCCAGAAAUGUACCAGUACAGUCUGCCCCGGCCGGCCUACAGGUUUUCCCAGCUUCCUGAAAUGGUCAUGGGCUCUCCCCCUCCACCUGUGCCUCCGCGGACUGGCCCAGUGGCUGUCGCUUCUCUCAGGCGGUCCACCUCGGAUAUUGGGAGCAAGACCAGGAUGGCCGAGUCCGCGGGGCCUGAGCCCGCCCAGCUGCACGACAGCGCCUCCUUCGCGCAGGUGUCCCGAGGCCCUGUGUCUGUGGCGCAGUUGGAUCAGUCGGCUUUAAAUUACUCAGGUAAUACGGUGCCGGCAGUGUUCGCCAUUCCAGCUGCCAGCAGACCCGGCUUCACCGGCUACUUCAUCCCGACGCCUCCCUCGUCCUACAGGAACCAGGCCUGGAUGUCUUAUGCAGGAGAGAAUGAGCUCCCGAGCCAGUGGGCUGAUUCGGUCCCCCUCCCGGGGUACAUCGAGGCUUACCCCCGGUCCCGGUAUCAGCAGAGCUCACCCUCCAGGCUCCCUCGCCAGUACAGCCAGCCAGCCGGGCUGCACCCCAGCUUGGAGCAGGCCCCGCUGCCCUCCGCAGCAGCCUCACAGCAGAGCCUGGCGGAGAACGACCCGUCCGACACGCCCCUGACCAACAUCUCCACAGCGGCCCUGGUGAAGGCCAUCCGGGAAGAGGUGGCCAAGCUGGCCAAGAAGCAGACGGACAUGUUUGAGUUCCAGGUCUAAUGCCUUCGCCCACUUCCAGACUCUGAGGAAACAGUCUUUGGUUUUCUCCAGCCUGGCUUGAUGGGUCUGGAGGCACAGACGAUGUGGGCGUUUUUCUCACCCUCAGUUUCUAAAACCGUGAACAGUGGGGCUUCUGGGGAACAGGAAACUCUUGAACAACUGGAUGCUUGGCUUAUUCAGCUGAUUGUAUGUCAACAAGUCCCCAUGUGGGACCAUAUGUUUGAUACUCUGUUACAUUAACUGUUUGAACUGAGGGUGUAUUUCCCUACGGAGCCUUAGUCACGAGAGAUGCUCGCAGAUCUGCAGAUUCCUGUCCAAUGCCAUAUUUUAAUAAAUCAUCACCAGAAUGGGGAGAGCACAGCUCUAUCUUCGGUGACCUCUGCAUGUUAACUCUAUUUCUGUGUUAAAGGCAAUGCAGGCGUGUGAUGAAGUCCCAGACUGUACUCUCUCUCAUUCAGCCAUGGCUGUAAUCAUUGCAAUCACCUCCCGUCUCCAAGGGAGACACUGACUCCAGCCAAGAGAGCUGAGUCCUUUUCUUUUAAAGGCUCAUAUUCAAAGUCAAAUAAAUUGGAUGAAAAUCAGUACUGUCAGUCAAUGACUGCACCUAUGAACAGUCCUGACUCUUUUCCCCCCGCAAUUAAUUCAACAAAGGCCAAGAAAGAGAGAAGAUGAGAGGGAGUGGUGGAUUCGUGUUGACAGGUUUUUGAAAAGGUGUUGUCAUUUUGGAAAUAGAGUAUUCUGCAAGCUGGGCUCUGGCUGGAAGAGAAUCGGUGCUAAGAGCUUUAAAGGUCCUACAAAAGAAAAACAGGUUUUCUUUGCCCUGCAACGAAGGUGGCCUGAGAACGAAGCUUCUCUCUUUUUGGGGACGAUAGACACAUCGACUUUUACAAGGAAACCUCUGUCUCUUCAGCGAUGAUGUCCAGCAUGUGCUGCCCAGUGAUACAAAAGGAAAUAGUCAUUGAUGCCUGUUAGAAGCAGGAACAGUGGACCCAGUCUCCCCAGGCUGCAGCCUCUGUUCAUAGAAGCUUCUGAAUGCAGAAAACCUGUUGAUUUACAUUUAAAUGUAAAUAACAUUUUUAAAGGUGUAUGGAGUUAGCCAGUCCCCUCCCGCACUCCUUCCCAUAGUUAGUUAAUAGACAUAGGAGGACCUUUGCCAAAAUGGCAGGCUUCUGACCUCAUGACCGUGAUGUUGCAAAUCAGCCUCCCUGGCGUGGCAGGUGAGCCUCCAGAGCUCUGGGUGGACAAUACCUCGCAGCCCUAAGGCACCAGCUGCUGACUGUCAGUGCAAAAGCAAAACAGAUACUGACUUCAGGUAGCCCAGGGGAGGGGACACCGUGGUGUCCUCACCAACUUUGGGAGCUAUGCUCAAUGUUGGGGACUUACUUGGUGUCUGUUGGAGAGUGAGGUCCUGUCCUGCCUUCUCACCCAUGAUCCAUCUAGCUUCAGCUUGUAUCCAUCCCCUCUGAGUCCAUCUUUCCAUUCUCCUCAUGAGUUUCUUUGGUCUUUAUUGAGAGAAGAAGCUGGAAAUUUUAACAUUCAGAGAAGAGUAGGAGUGGAAUUGAUUAGAGUGGGAGAGUCAAACUGUCAAAGCACAGACUUUUCAAAGAAGCUGUUUUUAUUUCCCAAUGGCAAAUUGCCCUUUCUGGAAUGUUCUGGAGAUGCUGUGUCAUGGAAUCCCCAAACGAGUCUCUUGUCCUGAUGAUAUUAGGUAGUGUCCUUUUGGUAUGCCGGUUGAUCUUUCAUAGUGUUAGUUUUUUGUUACUUAAAAAAAAAUCAGCUAUAAAUAAAAUGUAUUUUUGUAAUUUCCAUGUGUAUAUAUGGUAUAUUUCUACCAAUGGCCGCUUGUUGUAGUCCAAAACCUAAAUCAGUUUGCAAAACACUUUGGACAGUGCAAGAUUUUACUGACAGAUUAACACAAUGCCUAAGUCUAUCCAAAUAGGUAUUCUGUGCACUUGAAUGAACAAAGAGCCAAAGAAACUCAGCCUUUUCAUGCAAACGGUAUGAGUCCGAUAAAGUCAGCUACAUUGUCCCGCCUUAUCAAUGAUAUGAAUAUUUCAUCAGUGCAAUGACAUCAACCCGGUACUUUGUCUACUUGGUAAAUGCCUGGAAAUACUGUAUGUUAAAAUGAAGUUCCAAGACCUUAGUGUAAUUUAAGUGUAGGCACAUGCGUUCAAGACAGUGUGUUUUGGAUGUACCAGUGACUCGCAGAAGAGGAGCCCACGGUGUGCAGUGGUCUGGCUCCAGCUGGCUAAGAGGAUGCAGAAAAAUCAUGGUGAGCUGUGUAGAACCCCAUGAAAUAGUCAGUCGAUGGAGAUGGCUAAAAAUACAGCAUGCUAAAUCAGACACUCUUUUAAACGAGAUACUGCAGGUUUAAGAGCAGUAUAUGGGAGGAACACCUUAAGCUGAGAAGAAAUCAAAUCUGUGUUGUCCCACCAAUGCGAAGAUGGCCGCCAUUGUUUGAUAUUCUGUGACUAAGAUGUGGUCCCUUUUCUGAAGAGUGUCCUGACCUCAUGGAGGUUAUGGAUACCUGGACAGCUGACUCUGAGAAAAGGCAGGUGGACAAAAGUGCCCUGUGGAAGUGAACACAGAGUUCCACGCAAACCCAGAGGCUCUGUGUUCCUCAUCACCCUCCAGACAGUUGAAGAAGCCACAGAGGACAUUGGUGACCUCAGAGAAGGAAGCUAAAGUCCGAAGAAGUGGACUGACCUGCCCGAAGCCUCCAGCCCAAGCCCACUGACUCACGAUCGGGCUUGCUUUCCAUUUCACCAUGCUGCCUGCACGCUUGCCUGCGACACGUUUCUUGAACUGCGCUAGGAAGUUCAAAAAGUAGACAAGGGUCAUAUGAGGGACUAUCUACGUUCUUGGGAAGAAAAAAGAUAAUUGAAUAUGUAAAGAACUUCAGAUAAAGUGUAUGAGGACAAUGCGUUUGUGGCAUAAUAAACAUUUUUCGGAACUAGUUUCAACGUGAGUUUUCUGCAUUCAUGAAAAGAAAGGCAUUUUGGCUUUUUCCAGAGAGCGUCAUCAAGGAAAUGGUGUUCUCUGCUGCUGUUCAAGACUUCAGGGCUGUGUUCUUCUCUCAGUGCCGUGGGUCCAAACAGGCAGGUGGGGAGGCCACAGCAGCUUGUCACCGAGAGGCAGCCGAUUCUGCACUUUGCAUUAGGGGAGGCGAUCCCGUGGUACAGGAACGUAAAAGUCUAUUGCGUGCCCUGGUACCUACCACCCGAGAUGCAUUGGUACCUGUGGAAUAGGAACUUGCCUCUUUCAGGGUGUGCUAUGGACUGAAUGUGUCCUCCGCAAUUUCUAUGCUGAAAUCCUAACCCCCAAUGUGAUGGUAUUAGGAGGUGGGGCCUUGGGAGGUGCUUAGCUAGUGAGGGGAGCCCUCGUGAAUGGGAUUAAUGCCCUUAUAAAAGGGACCCCAGAAAGCUCUCUUGCCCUCUUUUCUGCCACAUGAGGAUAAAAUAAGAAGUCAAUAGUCUGCAACCCAGAAGAGGGCUCUCACCAGGACCUGACCAUGCUGGCACCCUGAUCUCGGACUUCGUCCUCCAGAACUGUGAGAAAUAAAUGUCUGUUGUUUGUGAGCCACCCAGGCUAUGGUUCUCUGUCUGGUAUGGCAGCCUGAGCUGACGAAUGACUAAGACAGGGUGGAUCGCGUAGGAAUCAAUUCUCCGGUGCCAGAAGAAGUUAUAUUGUGCAUGUGCUAAUUUAAGAAUUCAGCAGAAGGGCAUGUAAUUUCUGAGCAUUCUUGAUGGAAGAAUGGGUAGGAUAUUGUUAGAUUUGUGAUAUAAAAAAAGAAGACUUCUGAGAGUCCGGAUGGAGGAGGAGAAAGAUUUAAAUACCUGACUAAAAUAAGUGCUUCUCUAACAGGCAGAAAUUAACAAAAUAGAUCAAAAGAUUUAAAUACCGAUUACCAAUAAAUAAGCUUCUUUUUUCUACGUAACACACAGGCACUCAUUGUUUAAUGAAAAAAAUAACGGGGGGGCUUACCUGGUGGCGCAGUGGUUGAGAGUCUGCCUGCCGAUGCAGGGGACACGGGUUCGUGCCCUGGUCCGGGAAGAUCCCACAUGCCGCGGAGCGGCUGGGCCUGUAAGCCAUGGCCUCUGAGCCUGCGCGUCCGGAGCUUGUGCUCCGCAAUGGGAGAGGCCACAACAGUGAGAGGCCUGCGUACUGCAAAAAAAAAAAAAAAGAACAGAUACUAUUUUAAAGUUUGAGAACAGAAUUUAAAUGUAAUCCACUCCUAUUACACAUCAGAAAGUAGUUUGGACUUUUCUAACAAAAUACAGCCAAAUACGCUUAGGGAAAGAUAAUCAUUUAGCAGUGACUGACUUGGGUCCAAGUAUUAGAAAUUAAAUGCAGCCAUUUCGUCCAAUCUUGAAGAUAUUCUAGUCAAGGACCUUUGUGAGGACCAGAAACCCAUUCACACUUGCUCAAAUGUAGAGACUGACUGAGCAAAUACAGGCAGACCUCAGAAAUAUUGUGGGUUUGGUUCUAGACUGCCACAAUAAAGCAAAAAUCACAAUAAUGUGAGUCACAUUAAUUUUGGGGUUCCCAGUGCAUAUAAAAGUUAUAUUUACACUAUACUGUAGUCUAUUAAAUGUGAAAUAGCAUUAUGUCUAAAAAAAUACAUACCUUAAUUUAAAAACACUUUAUUGGUAAAAAGUGCUAACCAUCACCUGAGCCUUCAGCGAGUUGCAAUCUUUUUGCUGGUGGAGGGUCUUGCUUCAGUGUUAAUGGCUGUUGACUGAUCAGAAUGGUGGUUGCUAAAGGUUGGCACGGUCGUGGCAAUUUCUUAAAAUAAGGCAACGAUGAAGUUUGCUGCAUUGAUUGACUCUUCCUUUCAUGAACGAUUUCUCUAUAGCUGCAAUGCUGUUUGAUAGCAUUUUGACCACAUUAGAACUUCUUUCAAAAUUGAGUCAAUCCUCUCAAAACGCUGCUGCUGCUUUAUCAUCUAAGUCAUAUUCUAAAUCCUUUGUUGCCCUUUCAACAGCCUUCACAGCAUCUUCACCAGGAGUAGAUUCCAUCUCAAGAAACCAUUUUCUUUGCUCAUCCAUAAGAAGCAACUCCUCAUCCGUUACAGUUUUAUCAUGAGAUUGCAGCAAUUCAGUCACAUCUUCAGGCUCCACUUUUAGUUCUCUUGCUGUUCCCACCACAUCUGCAGUUACUUCCUCCACUGAAGUCAUCCAUGAGAAUUGGAAUCAACUUCUUCUAAACUCCUGUUAUGUUGAUAUUUUGACCUCUUCCCACGAAUCACAAGUGUUCUUAAUGGUAUCUAGAAUAGUGAAUCCUUUUCAGAACGUUUUCAAUUGACCUUGCCCACAUCCAUCAGAGGAAUCACUAUCUAUGAAGCCUUACAAAAUGCAUUUCUUAAAUAAUAAGACAAAGUCAAAAGUACUCCUUGAUCCAUGGGCUGCAGAAUGGAUGUGUUAGCAAGCAUGAAAACAGCAUGAAUCUCAUUGUACAUCCCCAUCAGAGCUCUUGGUUGACCAGAUGCAUUGUCAAUGAGUAGUACUAUUUAAAAAAAGAAUCUUUUCUGAGCAGUAAUCUCAACAGCGGGCUUAAAAUAUUCAUUAAACCAUGUUGUCAAACAGAUGUGCUGUCAUCUGGGCUUUCUUGUUCCAUUUAUAGAGCACAGGCAGAGUAGAUUUAGCAUAAUUCUUAAGGGCCCUAGGGUUCUUGGAAUGGUAAAUGAGCAUUGGCUUCAACUUUAAGUCACCAGCUGCAUUAGCCUCUAACAAGAGAGUGAGCCAGUCCUUUGAAGUUUUGAAGCCAGGCAUUGGCUUCUCCUCUCUGGCUAUGAAAGUCCUGGAUGACAUCCCCUUCUAAUAUAAGACUGUUUUGUUGUAUGGCUGUUAGCAUAACUGAUGGCCAUCUUGGACGCUUAGUUUCUCCUGUCUGUUUACUGACUUCACCCAGGACUGUACUGUGCAGUGAAUCACUUCUCUGUCAUCAAAGGCUUUGUAGUUAAUAGACACUGUUUAAUAAUCGUUAGGACCCGGUAGCCUCUAUGCUCUCUAGUCCCCCCAAAUGAUGAAAACCUUCCCUAAUGUAAUCCCGGUGCCCAUGAGACUAGUUACCCAUCAUAAAUCUUGACUUAGGAAUGCACGUCCUGUUUCCAAGCACAUACCUCCAUAUUCUAGGUUAGCGAUAAAAUUGUCCCAACGGCCCCUCGGCAGUGCAGAAUGCUUCUGGAUUGUUGUCCAGCCAAUCCCACCCUGUGAGUAAAUUACCCUGUAAUAAACUGAUCCGUUGAUUACAUGGAGCUUCCUGCCUAAUUUUUCAGUCUCAAGAUGCCUUCUCAGUCUGGUGGGUACUUUUCAUUCCCUCUGUCCUCCAACAUUCGUCUACAUUGACAGUCUGUUGUUUAGGGCAGUCACCUUCAUUAAUCAUCUCAGCUGUAUCUGCUGGGUGACUUGCUGCAGCUUCUGCAUCAGCACUCACUGCUUCACCUUGUGCUUUUAUGUUUUGGAGACGGCUUCUCUCCUUAAAGCUCAUGAACCAAACUCUGCUGGCUUCACGCUUUUCUUCUGCAGCUUCCUCACCUCUCAGCCUUCAGGAAAUUGAAGAGAGCUGGGGCCUUGCUCUGGAUGGGGCUUUGAUUAAGGGAAUGUUGUGGCUGGCUGGAUCUUUAGACUACUAAAACUCUUUCCAGACCAGCAAUAGGCUGCUUUACUUUCUUAUCGUUUGUGUUUUCACUAGAGUAGCACUUUUAAUUUCCUUCAAGAACUUUUUCUUUGCGCUCACAACUUAGCUAACUGUUUGGUGCAAGAGGCCUAGCUUUUGGCCUGUCUCAGCUUUCAACAUGCCUUCCUCUCACUAAGCCUAAUCACUUCCGGCUUUUGAUUUAAAAUGAGAGACAUUAGCCUCUUUCUUUCAUUUGAACAUUUAGAGGGCAUUGUAGGGUUAUUAAUUGUCCUAAUUUCAAUAUUGUUGUAUCUCAGGGAAUAGGGAGGCCCAAGAAGAGGGAGAGAAGAAAUGGGGGAACAGCCGGUCAGUGGAGCAGUCAGAACACACACAACAUUGACUAAGCUUGUCCUCUAUAUGGGCGUGGUUCACGGCACCCAAAACAAUUACAAUAGUAACAUCAAAGAUCAGUGAUCCCAGACCAACAUAACAAAUAUAAUAAUAAUGAAAAAAUUGAAAUAUUGCAAGAAUUACCAAAAUGUGAUACAGAGACAUGAAGAGAACAAAUGCUGUUGGAAAAAUGGUGCCAAUAGACUUGCUCGACACAAGGUUGCCACGAACCUUCGAUUUAUUAAAAAAAGAAAUAUCUGCAAAGUGCAAUAAAGCAAAGCGCAAUAAGACCAGGUGUGCCUACGCAGGGCCAUUUCAUGGAAACAGAACAGCUCCCGGUGGGGAGGGAUGGAGACCGACGUCCUCCCCCCGGCUCGCUGUCUCCUGUUCUCUCUCCACACGGGCUUUCACCUGUUUUUCUCUGCAUACCUGCUCCGUUCUCCGGCUUCGCUCGGCCUACUGUCCUUCUCUGUUUUCUCAUUAGUGUGUAUGUAGCUGAAAAUCCACCCCAGGACCCACUCUGCACAACUUUACCCUUUCAUUACCCACCCCUCUCUGGCUGCCAUCUCUGUGCCCACAGGGCAAAUUCUUGAGACUCGGAUUGGUCCAGUUCGCCCGCCUACGAUGAGCCACCCUUGGGUCAGGUGCCUAUACAAUCAGCUGUCAGCAAGGAGACAGGGGUCAUGUGACAUAAGCAUGGCGCCCCUGGACUGACCCUUUCAUUGAGGGCUUUUGCUGAGGGCUUGUACCCAGAGGAGGAAGCAUGAGAGGGUAGGUCCUUCAAAAGCCUGGAAUCGGCCACUACCCCCAGGAUGGCAGCCAGCAGGUGGGCAGUCCCUGUGGACACUGCCACGGAGAGGCGAGGGCAUCCUCGACUCCCACGUCAAGUGAGCAUGCACGUGCUUGCAGACCUGCCCACCACUCCCACCCCAACACCUGCCCUGUUGAAAAUGCUGCUGGGUCUAGGAAGUGACUUCUGACUGAGGCCCAGUUAGCACAACGUCUUGCUUAGCAGAUGAUAAAUACUUGUAAAUUGAAACGAAUGAUCUUAGCUCAGGUGAUGUUAAUGUGGCUCCUGGCCACACACUUGCAUAAUGUGAAAACUGAUGAGCUUCUCAAUAGUCUUUUGAAACGAAAUUGGUCUCUAGUAAAAUUGAUAUUAUUGUGGCUCUUCCCUUCUAAAUAUUUAAUAAGUUAAUGUCCCAAGAAUUGAAAAGUCUCUUGAUUUCUUAAGGUGAACUGUUACAGAAUCCUAGCCUGUGAUAAGUGCUAAAAUGUAGGGUGUUUCUGGGAAGGGAUAUUUAGGAAGUAUCAAUAGAAUUAGUGCCAGAAACAAAAUUCUUCUAGAGGAUAUUAAGUUGCUUUGAUUAUGCAGGUUUCAAAAACAGAGAAAUUUGUGGUGAGGCAGAAUUUGUCUUCAUAGGACAGAUCCACACUUUAAUGAAAGUCGUUAUAUAAUGAAAUCUUGAAAUUGAUUAUCUUCAUUCUCUGACUUUGGCCAGACUUUUGUGAAUUAUGGAGGGAGGCCAUCAAUGUAUUUUACAUAAAUUAACUGUGGCUUCACUUAAUUUUCCCCCAUCUCUACCUUAUGACUAAACUGGCCCCCUCCAAACCCACACACAAACUGAGUCGAGAGAUGGUUUGACCGAAUAGAAUCAGAGGAAUAUCGUUGGUCUGGAAGUUUUGAGAAAAGCAGAAAUAAUCAAGGCCUUGACAAUUCACGUUAAACCAGUCUCUGGUUCCUCAUCUGUGAAAUGGGUAUAAGAACUUUUGCAUUUCCUACCUCCCGUGGUGGUUGUAAGGAGCACGUGGCAUAAUGUAUCCGAAAAUGCUUUCAAAAGUAUAUUUGAGGGGCUUCCCUGGUGGCGCAGUGGUUGAGAGUCCGCCUGCCGAUGCAGGGGACACGGAUUCGUGCCCCGGUCCGGGAAGAUCCCACGUGCCACGGAGCGGCUGGGCCCGUGAGCCGUGGCCGCUGAGCCUGCACGUCCGGAGCCUGUGCUCCGCAACGGGAGAAGCUGCAACAGUGAGAGGACCGCGUACCGCCCAAAAAAAAAAAAAAAAAAGUAUAUUUGAAGAU